AUGUCGGCUGUACUGACAUUAUGUAUAAUCACACAAGGUAUGGCUGAGGUUCGAGAAAUGAGCUUGAGUAAACAAGACAGGAACCAGACCAUGAUGCUGCACAUAGGUGAGGUGUCCAAGACCAACAGCGCCCUCCAGUGUGCCAGGAACUGCAUCAACACACAAAAAGUCUGCUACAGCUUUAUGUAUGACAGUCUGAAUGGCACUUGUAAACUAGGUUCGUGGCUGGUACCUAAGAACGCCUCAGACGACCAGACGACGAACCAGCUGUACUCGACCGGUCAGUUCUGUAACACAAGAGAUAAUGUCACGCUGUUGACCAAUGGGAACAUGAGCUCGUGUGACCUCACAGCAUGCAAGGAGAGUCCCAUAAACAGUCAGGACUACCCGAACUUCGACCCUGUAUCUGUCCCCAUUUACAGAUCGUGCAAAGACGUGCCGAGCGGGAAUUCCCGACAAGUGGUGCGACUGACCUCUGGGCUAGUGGUCAUGUGUGACACAACCACAAGUGGGGGAGGCUGGACCGUUAUACAGAGACGUGUGUCUGGGGAUGUCUCGUUUAACCGGAGCUGGGAAGAUUACAAGAAGGGCUUUGGGGAUUACGGCAAUGGCAACUUCUACUUGGGCAAUGAGAACAUUUACUGUAUCAGCUCCAAAAGCCAACACGAACUUAGGAUUGACAUCACAUACGGUGGGAGCAGCUACUACCAAGUUUAUGCAGGAUUUCAGCUGUCGGACGAGGCGAACAACUACACACUACAAUAUAAUUCCAAUUCUGGUACCGCGGGAGAUGGACUUGGUGUCCAUAGAAAUCAGGGCUUCGCAACAUUUGAUCGCAGGAAUACAGACUGUGCUGUUUGGUAUAGUUCAGGAUGGUGGUUUAACAACUGUAUCGAUGCAAAUCUAAAUGGGUUGUUUGGUAUGGCUGAGGUUCGAGAAAUGAGCUGGAGUAAACAAAACAGGAACCAGACAAUGAUGUUGCCCAUAGGUGAGGUGUCCACGACCAACAGCAUCUUCCAAUGUGCCAGGAACUGCAUCAACACACAAAAUGUCUGCUACAGUUUUAUGUACGACAGUCAGUCUGGCAUUUGUAGACUGGGAAAUAGUAUCGAAACUACCAACAACUCAACCUUUGACCCCCAGAAUGUCGCCGUAUACAGAACGUGCAAAGAUGUACCGAGCGGGAAUUCCCGACAAGUGGUGCGACUGACCUCUGGGCUAGUGGUCAUGUGUGACACAACCACAAGUGGGGGAGGCUGGACCGUUAUACAGAGACGUGUGUCUGGGGAUGUCUUGUUUAACCGGAGCUGGGAAGAUUACAAGAAGGGCUUUGGGGAUUACGGCAAUGGCAACUUCUACCUGGGCAAUGAGAACAUUUACUGCAUCAGCUCCAAAAGUCUGCACCAACUUAGGAUUGAUAUCACCUACAAUGGGAGCAGCUACUACCAAAUUUAUUCUGGAUUUCAGCUGUCCGACGAGGCGAACAACUACACACUACAAUUCAAUUCCAGCUAUGGAACCGCGGGCAACGGACUGAGUAUCCACAGAAAUCAGGGGUUCUCGACAUUUGAUCGCAGGAAUUCAAGCUGUGCUGUUUGGUAUAAGUCAGGCUGGUGGUUUAAGAGCUGCUUCGAGGCAAAUUUAAAUGGGCUGUUUGGUGCCAUUGCGGAAUAUGCUGGAGCUAUUGAAAACCGUGUGAGCUCUCAUGAUACCUAUAUCGAGGUUUCUGGCGGAGAGACUAGCAGAACUAAUGAUUAUAAUUCAUGA